CGCCCCGUUUCCCUCGGAUCCCCUCGCGCUCUUCGAUAGUUCAAUUCCCUGUUCCAAGGCCCUAAUCUUAGAGUUAACAUGGGAUUCGACCACCAGUUCUCAGAUUCCUCGCCCCCCUCCGCCCCUCUGUCCUUUAGCCAGAGGCUGUGCUCCUCGAUCCGCUCCUCCUGCUGUUGGAUCGGCGGCGGCGGCGGCGGCUCUGGCGGCGACGGGGAGGACGAGCGAUCUGCGUCACUGAUGUGCUCAUCGGCGACCUGGUUCCGGUGGCAGAACCUGGUGGAUUGGGUUACCGCGCCGCGCCAUCACCAUUACCACUCCCGCCGCGCCUCCGUCGACUUUAGGUACGACCCCUUCAGCUACGCGCUCAACUUCGACGAUGGGCACUACGACGACGACAACGACCUCACCGGCGGCGGAGACGGCUUCCGGUACCGCAGCUUCUCGUCCCGCCUCCCGCCCUCCCUGCCGCCCCCCGCCGCGGUCGGAGACAACAGCUAGGGCUUGGCCGAUCCAAGCGCCGCCUCUUCUUCCUCAUUCGAAGUAUGAUGCGUACAUGUACAUAUGAAUGCUGUUGUAGCGCUCUGUUAUGCGAUAUGAGAUAGAUUUGUGCGGAUCGCAUCAAAUAAAACAUAUACAUCAUGGAUCAUGUAUUCUGAUGAUGUCAAUACAAAUCUCAAAGCAUUUGAUGUC